GGAGAGAGAGAUCACUCUACCAUGAUUACUUGCCCCUUGCUACUUUGGGAAACGACUAUAGGCCAUGGAAACUCACAGAGUGGAGUGGUCUCCAGAGAGAUCCUUGAUGAUCUUAAAGUGAGUACCAAGUUCACUGAAGCCGAGAUCACACAGUGGUAUGAGAACUUCCAGAAGCAGUGUCCUUCAGGUCGUAUCACACUAGCGCAGUUUGAGGAGAUCUACAGUCGAUUUUUUCCUGACAGCGAUGCCAAGACUUAUGCCCAACAUGUUUUCCACUCCUUCGACAUCAAUGGUGAUGGAACAUUAGACUUUAAGGAGUACAUUGUUGCUAUGCACAUGACCUCCUCGGGGAAGAUGGCUCUGAAGCUGGAGUGGGCCUUCUCUCUGUUUGAUGUAGACAAGAACGGCUACAUAACAAAAUCUGAAGUGUGCGAAAUCUGCCAGGCCAUUUUCAAACUCAUACCCAAAGAGAAACAUGCAGAGCUGCCCAGUGAUGAGAACACACCAGAGAAGAGAGCAGAGAAGCUCUGGGCCAUCUUUGGCAAAAAGGACAAUGGACGAAUCGCAGAGGGGGAGUUCAUCGAAGGCAUAUCAUCAAACGAGGCUGCAUUACAGCUUAUUCAGUAUAACAAAAUCAUGAUGAUUAAAAUGACAAUUCCACCAUGCCUGAUUUCAUGGAUGUGUACAUUAAUUGUAAAUGAACUGUGAAAGUUAAUUAAAGAUUCACCAUUCUUAAUGUGUAACCAUUGUGUUGCAAGGCUGGAUAAUAGAUGUGUACUGCAAUUUCAACAGUAGAGUAAUGUAAUAAUAGAUCCCCAUUUUAAAAAAAUAGACAGUCGUAGUAAUAUAUAGCAAUUGUGACUGUAACUUCUUAGUUAAGGGAUUUAAUCUGAGUAACUUUCACAUAACUUGAAGUGAUAGGAAAAAGAUGAUGUUAUGUAAGUCAUUGUUUUAAUGUGCUGUUAAAAAAGCACAACUUGUACACUAAGGUGCAAGUCUGUAUGUUAUUCGCCCAGAGUGCACCCUUAAAAGUGAGACUUAAAACUUGAAGCACUGGUUCCAUACCUAAAUGCUUGACUUUAUUGAACUGUUUUCACCCAUAGACCUACUCGACCCUAUAAGAUAGUGUAAAUUCAGUUUGUGUACACACCUCAUUAUUCCAGUCUAUUGUAAUAUUUGUAAGACUUGCUGUUGUGUGUCCAGUAGGACACUGAAAGGCAUUAUAACUGAAAUCAUUAACAUUAAGCUCCCAUUCUCUAUUUUUGUUUCAAUUGUCUGAUUAACCU